AGAAUCACCCUCUUCAUGGCAGUGGGUGUCUUCCCCCAGGAUCUGCGGGGCAGCGUGCGGAGAAUCUGCCACUUCCUGGGGAAGGAGCUGAGUGAAGAGCAAGUGGCCGCGGUGGUGGAGAACGCCUCGUUCCAGAGCAUGAAGGGGAACAAAAUGUCCAACUACUCGCAGCUGAGUGACGAGUACAUGGACCACCAGAACGGGGAGUUCCUGAGGAAAGGGAUCUGCGGCGACUGGAGGAACCAUCUCUCGGAGGCACAGAGCCAACGAUUUGACACCGUUUACCGGGAGCGGAUGCAGGGUCUGGGCAUGACCUUCCCCUGGGACUGACAGCCCCGCGCCCGCCACAUCUGCACCUGCAAUACACCGGCCCUGUGCCACCCACGUGCUACUGAUCUUCCUGUGCCCUGGGAGAUGCCCCCUGGGGCAGCGUCUCUAGAGUACCAGCAAUAGGCAGCGCUGGGCUGGGCAUGUGUCCAGGCGAGGUCAGUGAGCGCGUGCACACACAGGGCAGGGCUCAGCUGAGGUGUAUUUAAAAUCUGUCCAUUGUAGGGUGUUCCUGGUCCUGCUUGCAGGCAGGGGCUCUGCAGGGAAAUGUGAAAUUCUGCACAGAGCCAGCCCAGAGCACGGCGCGGGAGAUGGGCCUCUGCGCGGGGAGCAGCCUGCUCUGUCUCUCUCGAGUUUGGGUUCCUGUGCUUCAGGGCUCUGGAUUCUAAGAAAUAAAAUCAGGUGAUGUGGCAACCUUCCAGCA